AUGUCCACGACUACGAGAAUUACAAGUCAAAUACCGGCAAACCCUAGCAAUCCAUCACAUCAUAAUUUAACAUCGAGACAAUUAGCUCGAAGAAGACGACGCCAACGUCGACGACAGCGACUUCGACAACGCCGAGAAGAGCAAUUUCGACAAGAGCCCCAACAAAAUCAAAGACAAAGGCAACAGCAGCAACGUCCACAGCAGCUACAAGAAAACCAUAGGCGAAGACAGCAGCAACAAAGAAACUGGCAAAACCGACAACAGCUAGAACGAAAUCACACAUACAGUCAACACCAUCAAAGACAAGAAGAACAAAGACAAAGACAACAGGAACGACGACAACCAACGUCGAUAAUAACAGUCCGUCAAAUAUUCCGAAGCCACAGUGACAUCGAACACGAGCAUGAAUAUUAUUUGUCACUAAGUUUUCCUGAAGAACUUGAUGACAUAGAUCCUGAUGAGCUUUUAGAAUUACUUGAACUCGAAAAUAUGAACCCAGUCGAAAGGGAAACACAGCAACAGCUCAAACAAUAUGAACAAUCCAUUCAACAGCAACACGCAAGACACAUUCCUCCUAACAUUGGACAUUCAGCACAAUACAUAACAGAAGAAGAAUUAUUAAAAGUCCAACAAGCAAAACCAGACGAAAUUGAAAGAUAUAUGGACAACCAUUUACUAAUAUUACAACAAGAUCAAAUUCAUCAACUCUACCAAAUUCAAGCAACCGAAGAUAUUGAAAACGAUGAACUUUCCAGAAAUGAUUAA